CUGGUCUAUAAAACGAUUAACAAGCAUUGAAUUUUUUUUAAAUACCAACCAUUAAAAAACGUCCCUUGCUAUAGCUAUGGCUAUUUCGAGGCCUCUUAUCCAACACAUAUCAGCCAACGAAUUUUUGAAGUUCCGCAGCAGAAAAUCUAAUGAAACGACUCUGAGUUUUCUUGAAGCUUCUCAAAUUUACAAUCACUACGUUAUUCAGGUUUCAGACUCUGCCAGUGUGUUCAGACUGACUGGUGGGCAAAUCGAAGAGGGUCAAGGUCACCUCGGGUCACCGUAUGAACAUGACCUGGUGCAGUUCAUUUUGGGCGAGGCGCCUGAUAAAACAGACAUCGAUGCAUUCGCUCAAUUCAGUGCCAAGUUGUUCAAUAAAGGUCAAAUGCUCGACAAAACGAACGUAGUCAGCAUCCUCCCAGUACAUAAUACAUUCAUGCGACAGUUCCUCGGCACCCGAGUCAAGGAUUACGACUAUGAGAUCAUUUUCGAACACUACGACAAACGAGGCUUCGGAGAAUUACGACCAGACGAAAUCUCUGAUCUCGCACGAGACCUGUUGGCGAAAAACUGCGAGACUGAAGACGAGAGAAAAAGACAAGAGGAUGUUAUAAAGAGAUACACUAAAACUCUGAUGCAUAUUAUGGAUAAAACUAGAAGUGGAUAUGCUAAUAGGCUGGAUUUGAAACGAUUUCUAAAACUGUACCUGAAACUCUCAUAA